AUGGAAGAAAUAUUUCUCGAGGCAAAGGAAAAUUUAAUCCAACUAGAGAUACAGGGUGAAAAUACAGCUCUACCGGAGGAGGAGUUGGUAAUUAAGAGAGAUACUUCAACAAAACAACACGAUCUCAAGAGACUAAAUUGUAAAAUUCAGUGGCAAAAGGCUCGGUCGAGAUGGUUAAAGGAAGAGGAUGCAAAUACUAAAUAUUUCCAUAGUUUCAUAAAUAAGAGAAGAAAAGACAAUGAAAUCUUGAGUCAGUUAGUGAAUGAAAGAAGGAUAACGGAGGCGAAGGAAAUGAAAAAUGAGAUCUUUGAGGACUUUAGACGUCACUACUCAGCUGGUGGUGUAAGAGUGAUCUCGGAGAAUAUUAACUUUAAAAUAAUUGGAGCCGAGCAUAUUGUAAACCUGGUGCAAGAAUUCUCGGAAGCGGAAGUUCGAAGAGCGGUGUGGGAAUGUGAUGGUGACAAAAGCCCAGGACCGGAUGAAUUGAACUUUGGUUUUUUGAAAGAAUUCUGGGAUGAAAUCAAACAUGACUUCAUGAGGUUAAUUGCUGAAUUCCAUGAGAACGAAAGAUUGGUGAAGGGUGCCAACAACUCCUUCGUUAUAUUAAUACCAAAGAAGAGAAAUAUGAUGCAAGUCUCAAAUUAUAGGCCAAUAUCGUUUAUAGGGUGCAUUUACAAGGUGCUUUAUAAAGUCCUAACUAAUAUAAUUAAAAAAGUGAUAAGUAUGGUGAUUUCAGAACCUCAGUCUGCCUUCAUAUCCGGUAAUCAGAUCCUCGAUGGGAUUCUAUUUGCAAACGAAAUCGUUGACGGAGCUAGGAAACAGAAAAAGUGUUAA